AUGUCGCCUACAUCUUCCAUCGCAGGCUCCAAUGCUCCCUCCGCUGCGUCGGACCGUGAUGAGUCUACAUACCUUGCCAGAAGCCGAAUGAUCCACUGGACUCGCAUCGCCUUGACCUCGCUUUCGCUUGUCCUUGCAGCAGCUGCUGUUGGUAGUGAAGGCCAUGCACUCCACUACUACAAAGGCACAGUCAAAUACAGCAAGAUUUGGCUUCCUCUUUGGCCAAAGGAGCUGGACUUAGGUCCAAGCAUCGCCACCAUCGUCUGCGGGACUAUUCUGCUUGUCUCCAACCUGGCCUAUACCGUUGUUGCUGUUAUGCCUUCUCCACGAUCCCCGAGUGCUUUGCUAAACACUUUUAUCACCAUUAUUGCAUUUUCCGGCUUCGUCGCUUCGGUAGCAGCUGUUGCAACGUCAGUGAUAGCGUAUAACCCCCACUACACUGACGGAGGGGCACAACUAGGCCAGACGCUCAAUUCGUGGACAUGCACCUGGAGCUUCGGCGAGGGAGUUGACUCCGACGGGGCCAAAAUAUCUCCGGUGGUCAACUUCGGCCGUCUUUGCAGGGAGACUCGCGCGUCUCUUGCCAUCCUGUGCGUCUUGAUCGCGGUCCAGUUCUUGUCAUGUCUUUCAGCGGGCUGCGGAUGGUGGUUAGAGGUUGAGAUGAACAAGAAGAGAAGCUUCGCUGCGUCUGCUGAAUCCCAAGUAGAGAAACAUCACGAGGCAGUGUAG